UGAAUUCUAUUUCAGAUCUUUUAUCACCCAGUGGCUAGUUCGGACACAGUUUAGAUAACCGCGUAUACGCGUCUAUUUGAAAAGCUCUGUGUGAAUUUAUCGUGGUUGAAUGUGAUAUGAGCGCAAUAAACAUGCUUCGUUUGAAACUGCUGGUAAUCAAUGUCCUGAUCUCAUGGAUCUCAUUUGUCUCUCUUGAAAAAAAGAUUGUGGACAUUCAAACAGGUUAUGAUCCUGGCUCGUGUGGCAAGAAGGAACGUGGUUUGUUAAAAUUGAUCAAAGAUCGUUCAAACAAUGAUAAACUGUUAAUUUGCAAGAAAGAAAAUGGAGUUUAUACCUGGAAAACAACGGACGGUUCCAGUCCCUCUGGCGAAUAUUUCAACCCUGGCUACGACUGUACGGAUAUUCUGAAUAAGAAUUUUGAGUCUCGAGAUGGAUUUUAUUGGAUAAAUUUGAAUAAAGGUGCUCCCAAGAGGGUUUAUUGUGACAUGACAACAGAUGGAGGAGGAUUUGCGCUGAUUGGCAAACUCAACAGUUCCGCAACACGGAAAGUCCCAUCCCAAAACACAACAGUUGAUCCAUUUGGUGAAUCUCAGUGGUUCAGUGAUCUCGGUGACGCUUCAGUUCUUGAUUUCAGAAUACAAAUAUCAACAACGGAAAACUUAGCUAAGCCAAAUGCUCACUGGUCCUACAGACUACGAAAUAUUCGUCCUCUAAAAAAUAUCAUGGUUGUUAAUCAGGGGGGUUGUGGAGCAACAUCACCAGGCAUUGGUGACAUCGCUUAUGUUAAAGAUCUCCGGACUGAGAAAAUUGUCGCGACAAAAUUCCGUUGUUCGCAGUUUGGAACACAUCGUCAUUUUCUUCUAAAAAUCGGAUGGGCAAUGAUGAACGAAUGCUUCGAAAAACCAUGUCCCCAAGGUUUUGCUUUCCACUCCGUUUAUCCUAUCCAAACUGACUCGUCAGGAUCUUUCAGCUACAGUGUGGUGAGCGAAACAUCUGGAAUCAGUCACAAUUCAACUGUAUUUAUCGGCUGUGAUAAAGGAGUGUGCUGCAGUUGUUUUAGUCCACCAGAUAGCACAGAAGCUCUCUGUGGCACCGAUUGUAAGGCAAAACCUGGCGCAAAUGUGGUAAAAAAGGUUUAUUCGUGGUUCUGGGUGAGGACUUCUUCUCCAAAAAAAGUUUGGGACAAAUGCAUGGAUUAUAAAGUUUCUGAAGCGAACGGAGACGAGGUCUGGUACAAGUUGGUUGGUCAAAACGUUGUCCCUAAGAGAGGUCGUUGUUCCACAAACGAACCACUUUUAAAUGAUGGAAUUAUAGUUGUUCCUGAUAAUAAGACUGUUGGUAAAAUUCCAGCAGUCCCAGGAAUAUUAAAAUUUCGAAAGGACAAUCAAAAACUUUAUGUGAGAUCAAAUGAAAGAUGGAAUGCAAUCGCAGAAGAGAAAAAGCUUAACUCCGCCUUUGCGAAACUUACGGCUCGUUUGGACGACCUGACUCGGAAUUUCGAAGACAAAGAAGCUUGUAUUCAAACUCAUGCAGCCAGUUGCGCCCAAUAUUAUAAAUGCGGAAUGAGACAAGAUGGUGUUUAUACGAUAAAUCCAGAUGGCCUAGGAUCGUUCCGAGUCUAUUGUGAUAUGAACAGGGACAGGGGAGGCUGGGCCGUGUUUCAAAGAAGACAAGAUGGAAGUCAAGAUUUCUUCCUUGGAUGGUCAGAGUAUAAAACAGGCUUUGGUGAUCUUAACGGCGAGUUCUGGUUGGGCCUUGAUAAAAUACAUCGUUUGUCUAAAUCUGGUCAAAAUGUUCUAAGAGUUGAUUUGAUGGAUUUCAAUGGCGCUGAACGUUACGCUAAAUAUGGAACGUUUAGUGUGGCUGAUGAAUCCGACAAAUACAGAUGGAAUAUUGGCAAUUAUUCAGGUAACGCAGGUGAUUCUCUUGCUUAUCACAAUCAAAUGCAGUUCUCCACCAAGGAUAGUGACAAUGAUGCUUGGCAUGGUAAUUGUGCUUCGGACAUCAAAGGAGCUUGGUGGUAUAAGACCUGUCAACAUUCUAAUCUCAAUGGCCUGUACCUGGGUGCAGGUCAAAGUAGUUACAGAGGGAUAAAAUGGCACAAUUGGCACUCUCAUUCUAUGAAAAAGACAGAGAUGAAAAUUCGUCGAAACCAGUUCUAAGAAAAUGACGAGCUUUAGUAGUGAUAUAAGCAUGCGCCAAGAACAUCGAGUGUGUUGAUUUUUUUAAUUGUAAACAGAAUAAUGCAUGCAAAAUAAUUGCAAAUAAAUUUGUGAUUGUGGUAAACUUA